CUAGCAGAGGGCGUGCCUGCUCACUCACACACCGGAGAGCAGAGUGUGGGGAAAGAGCAGCUGUCAGCAGACGGACGUAUGGCAAGGAGGGCUCCCUGACAUUCUACACCCGAACAAGACUUUUUUUUUUGGUACUGCUGUUUCUGUUUUGUUUUUUAAGUCGCAAAAGAGAGACAGGUGACAUCCCACCCACUGCCACCCCAUCUGCAACCAUGCUUCACUCUCCUUCUCCAUUGAAAACAGCACUAGCUUAUGAGUGCUUCCAGGACCAGGCCAACUCUACUCUAGCAUUGCCCUCGGAUCACAAGCUGAAAACUAGGGGGACAGGAAAACAAAGGGUCCAGGAGCAGGUGAUGAUGACGGUGAAACGGCAAAAGCAAAAGACCUCCCUUUCAUCAGCAUCGAAUGCAGCAGGCCACUCCAACCGAGGUUCCAUGUACGAUGGUCUAGCUGAUGGUCACAGCUAUGGAACAGCCCGUGGUACCUACUACGCCAAAGCCCACACAGGGACCAACAGCUGGGGACAUGGGAUGUACAAUGGAACCCUCAAAAGAGAAGCCGAGAACAAACGCUACAGCUCCUACAGUCAAAUGGAUGGCUGGGGCAGCCGGAAUUACAACAAGGUCUGUAGCCCAACUGUUCCUGGCAGUGAUUACUGCCUUGUGCAGACUAUGAAGAGUAGCCGGAGUGAGCCAGACCUCUACUAUGACCCUCCAAGAGGCACGCUGAGGAGAAACCAGAGUGGAAGCCGUGUGAGUCACAAGGCCAGUAUGCAUCGUCAUAGCCUCUACAACAGCACAUCCAACAACCAUCAUGGAAUUACAACUGCAACAAGGCCAAACAAAGUAGUUCCAGUCCGCAGCCCCUCUUGCACCUCUGCCAGCAUGGUCUAUGUACAGCCUGUUGCUAGCAGCAAGCAGGAUGCAGUCUAUGGACAGGUCAACUCAAAAAUAGUCAAUGAUGAGAUGGAUUAUGGAGCAAUGACUAUUCAGAAAGCCAUCCAGUUCCUGUGUUCUUCAGAUGAGAAGUACCAUGCCAUGGGGGCUUACUACCUGCAGCACACCUGUUUUCAAGAUGAAUCUGCCAAGCAAGAGGUCUACCGGCUUGGAGGCAUUUCCAAGCUUAUUGAGCUUCUCCGCAGCCCAGAUGAGAAUGUGCAACAGGCUGCAGCUGGGGCCCUCCGAAACUUAGUUUUCAGAAAUCCAACCAACAAGCUAGAAACCCGGCGUCAGAAUGGAAUUCGAGAAUGUGUGAGCCUCCUGAGAAGGACUGGGAGCACAGAGAUACAGAAGCAGCUGACAGGAUUGCUCUGGAACUUAUCGUCCACAGAUGAACUAAAAGAAGAUUUAAUACAUGAAGCUCUUCCUGUUCUGACUGAUCGUGUUAUUAUUCCUUUUUCUGGCUGGUCUGAUGGUGUUAGUACUAGAUCAAGAGAAAUUAUUGACCCAGAGGUAUUCUUCAAUGCCACUGGCUGUCUGAGGAACCUGAGUUCUGCAGAUGUUGGACGUCAAACCAUGAGGAACCACCCUGGACUGAUUGACUCUGUAAUGGCUUAUUCUCAGAACUGUGUGGCUGCCAACCGGCCAGAUGACAAGUCUGUGGAGAACUGCAUCUGUAUCCUUCACAAUCUGUCCUACCGCCUUGACGCUGAGGUGCCUAAUAAGUACACACAGCUCAACCACAUGGCCAGGAACAGUCACACAGACAAAACCCUGACUGGCUGCUUCAACAACAGAGGUGGAAAGCUGGAGUAUGAUGACUAUGACCUACCUCUUCCUGAAGAGGACUAUAAACCCAGAGGGUCCAGCUGGCUGUACCAUUCAGAUGCCAUCCGCACAUAUCUGUCUCUGAUGGACCGGAGCAAGAAAGAUGCUACCCUGGAGGCUUGUGCUGGAGCCCUGCAAAAUCUGACUGCAAGCAGAGGACUGAUGUCAAAUGCAAUGAGCCAGUUGAUUGGUCUAAAGGAGAAAGGUUUGCCCCGUAUAGCACGCCUUCUGCAGUCCAAUAAUGCUGAAGUAGUUCGCUCUGGAACAUCCUUGCUAAGCAAUAUGUCUCGACACCCUAUUCUACACAAACCAAUGGCUAAUCAGGUGCUCCCAGAUGUCACUCGUCUCCUGGCCCUCCAGGCUCCAGGUUCCAGCAACUAUGGGGACAUUAUGACAUCUGCUUGCUACACACUGAGGAACCUAAUCAUGUCCAACCCACAAAUGGCCAAGCCCUACCUGACAGGCAGCUUGAUAAAUAAUGUUGUAGGCCUAUGCCGUAAUGGAUCUUAUCCAAAAGCAGCUGAAGCUGCUCGGAUGCUGUUGUCUGACCUAUGGUCAAACAGGGAGCUCCAAACUAUACUAAAACAGCAAGGAUAUGAUAGAAAUAUGAUGGGAUCCUUAACAGGAAGCACUCUCAGGACCCUUUCUUCAAGGUUCUAAGAAGAUACCUUUCCUACAUGUUUGGCUUACAGAGUUUGUGACUCUUUUCUGCCUAGAGGCCUCUGCCGUCAAGAAAUUGCUAGGACAUUAACAAACACACAGAGGGAAUGUUGCCAGAUUUCAAGUCACUUGUAAAACUAGGUACAAAAGUUGUAUUGCCUGGCAUAUCUUAAAAUGUUCUAAUGGCUGUUUUAAAUAUUUCUUUCGUUUUUCUAUCUGGGGAUAGGCUGGGAGGUUGGAGGUUAAUGUUACUUGAUGUCAAUUGUUAGUAUUUUUU